CGCCCCGCCCCCUGACCACCGCUGGCUGAGUCUGUGUCGAGCUGUUUGCGCCCCCGGGAGCCAGAGCCCCAGUGUUGUUUUUUUCCCAUCUCAAGACCAUCAGGACAGAACAAAGCUACUUCUAGUUCCUCUUUCUUCUUUAAUUUCAUCUGUAAGCCUUGACCACAUUAGGAUUUUGAAGGGAUGCUUGUUUCUUCUCCUAUUAGAAUGAUCAUUGAUUUAGAGCUGAAAGUGGGACCCUAAAGGCCUGCAGUUUACAGACGAGGAAACUGAAGAGCAGAGGUAAACUAUGUCGGCUGAGCCUCCCCAACCACCAAAGCCCCCCACCCAUCCAGCCUCUCUCCGUCUACCUGAUGGUCCCCGGGAAAGGGACCGUUCACCAUCUCCCAUGAGAGGGUACCUUAUCCCCAGCCCCUUGCCAACACGGCGGACCAGGACCUUUUCAGCGACUGUGCGGGCAUCAGAAGGACCCAUCUACAAGGGGGUCUGUAAGUGCUUUUGCCGCUCCAAGGGGCAUGGCUUCAUCACACCUGCUGAUGGUGGCCCAGACAUCUUCCUUCAUAUCUCUGAUGUUGAAGGAGAAUAUGUGCCUAUGGAAGGGGAUGAAGUCACCUACAAGAUGUGUUCAAUUCCACCAAAGAAUGAGAAGCACCAGGCUGUCGAAGUUGUGAUCACUCACCUGGCACCAGGCACCAAACAUGAGACCUGGUCUGGACAUGUCAUCAGUUCCUAGGCAGCCUCCUGGUACUCCUGCUUCUGCUCUUCUCCCCAGCUCAGCUCCUGAAGGACACUGUUCUGGGAGGGGAGGUGGGGCAAGUUUUGGGGACAGACAGAUGAGUUAUGAUGAGUAAAUUUCGGCCAAAGGGUGGGAAGGGAGUGGGAACUCAAGGGUCAAAUUGUUAGAUGUGACUUAUUUCCUGAAGAAAGGAGUGGAGGACCAGGGGCGAGGGACAGGGUGGGGGAAAUGUCUUGAUUCCUUACCACCUGAAAUGUAUUAAUUUUUUAAAAAGAGGAGGCUCAGUAGCUGAGUGGAGGAUUAAACUUUGAGCCCAAAGAGAUGUAGAAAGGGCAGCUUGGGAUGUGUUAUUUUCCUAACAUUCUAGCUGGACAACUGUUAGCUCCACCCUCCACAUAGAUUGACCUUCUCCCUGUACCUGUGUAUGCUGGUACCUUUACACCACCAGGUUAGACCUCUGGGACAGAGGCAGCAGUUCAGAUUUUCUUCCCUGAUGUCCCAACCCUAUAGUGACUUAGCUUGUCGCUGUUAGUGUUCUUUGCUAUUCUUAGAUGUAGCCUCUGCCUUAGCCUUCAGCCAGAAUUACUGAUUAACUAGAAUGGGGCUGACAGGAUGAUGGAGACUUGGGAGAAGCAGUUGAUUUCUGGUUAUGAAUCUCUGGGUUUCUUAGGAAUUUGUUUCACUGCCUUUCCUUAGGGGUAGAAUUCUCUGGGUGGGGAAGCAGGAAGGCACAACCACUGGCCAGAGGAGAGGGACUGAUGGGAGUAUGUGAAUCCCAGAAUGCCGUCUAGACACUCAUAUCUAGUUUUAGCUGUGCUGAACUGUGAGACAGAAUCCCUCAUUGUUUUUUAAACAAAUAUGAGGUCUUCCCCCACUCCUAGCAAAGCCUGUGGGCUUUGAUGCUGAGGUGUCAAGUUUGGAUCCACAUCUCUGGUUUGGCUAUUUUGUGCUCUAUUUGAACCAUUAUACUGUGAAAGGUGGAACAAUGGGGGCUCCUGUUUAGAAAACAAAACCAUCUCUUAAGGUUUGUGUUGAAACACUAGCUGACUAAGGGGUAGUAGCUUGCUUUCUGACAACCUGGUUAAACGUGAACAUUUAAAACACAUUUUGGAGGGUGUCUCAUUUUAAAUGUGAUAUAGUAAAUGUUUAGUAGUGAGGGACUAAGGUUUCUGCCUUAAACCAGAUACAACUGCAUGUUUGGGUUUGUCUUGCUACAAGAUUGCAAGUUUUGUAAAUACAUAUACAUUUUUUUAGGCUAACGAGGCUUUUGGAUUUUCUUUGUAAUUGGUUUUCUGCAUUUUCAUGGUUGCUAUUUAAAAGGAAAAAAUGUAUGCUAUAUUCUGAACUUUGUGGUUUAUAGAAAAUGAUAAAUCAUUUAAAAUAACUGCUUAUUUGCUGAUGAUUUAAAACUGAAGUUCAAGAAUUAACUGUUUUAACUUUUGUUGAAAAUGGCUAAAGUAAAGUUUCUUAACUUC